AUGGCCUCUUCAACUUUUCUUCAUUCCUAUUCUCUGCUUCUUCUAAUUAUUCUCCCCUUUCUCCCAUCUGUGUUUAGUGCUACUUCUUCAAACUGCAGUGCUAAUAGUAUACACUUAAAUUCCACUCUGGUCACCAAUCACACAUGGAAUUCACCCUCUGGCCUCUUUGCCUUUGGUUUUCAAAAUGUUUUAUCCAACAAGGAAUUCAUGUCCGUGCUUGCAGUUUGGUUUCCCAAAGACCCCCACCGAACCAUAGUAUGGUAUGCAAAAUACAAACAAACUUCAGAUCUUGGUACGAUGCACGCUGUUUCCAGUAUGCAAAAAAGUCUUGCUUUUCCUUCAGAUUCCACAGUGAAGCUAACAAACAAAGGAAUUGUAUUGUAUGACCAAAAUGGCCAAGAGAUGUGGCACCGUCCAAAAAACAACAGCAUUGCCUUAGUAAGAUGUGCUUCUAUGUUAGACAGUGGAAAUUUUGUGCUUCUGGAUGAAACUGGCAAACACGUUUGGGAGAGCUUUGAAGAGCCCACAGAUACCUUUUUGCCUGGUCAGAUUCUGGCUAAGCCUAAAAGCUUCAGAGCCCGUCAUUCUAACACAAGUUUUUAUGAUGGGAGUUUCGAACUCGCUUGGCAGAGCGAUUACAAUUUCGUUCUUUACUAUUCACCACAAUCAAGCGUUACACGUGAAGCUUACUGGGCCACUCAAACUAACAGCUAUGAUGAAUCUCUGCUCGUCUUCAAUGAGUCUGGACACAUGUACAUAAAAAGAAGUAACACGGGUAAAGUGAUCCGUGAAGUCUUAUAUGGUGGAUCAGAAGAGUUCUUGUACAUGGCUAGAAUUGAUCCUGAUGGGCUUUUCAGACUAUAUCGACACCGCAAAGAUGAUGACACAAUUGCUGAUAGCUGCAGUUCGGGAUGGUGGAGUGUGGUGGAUCGAUAUCCGAAAGAUAUUUGCCUUUCCAUCACGAUGCAAACUGGGAAUGCUAUCUGCGGUUAUAACAGCUACUGCAUUACCAUCAACGGGAAUCCUAGUUGUGAGUGCCCGGAUAUUUUUUCUUCUUUCGAUCAUGACAAUAAUCUCAAAACUUGUAGACCAGAUUUUCCACUGCCCAGCUGCAACAAAGACGGGUGGGAGCAGAAUAAGGAUCUUGUAGAUUUCAAAGAGUAUCAAAAUUUGGACUGGCCUCUCUCUGAUUAUGACAAGCUGGUUGGAACUGCAAUGGACAAAGAUAUGUGUAGACAAAAGUGCCUAGAAGAUUGCUUUUGUGCUGUGGCCAUAUAUGGUGAGGGACAAUGUUGGAAGAAGAAGUAUCCUUUGAGCAAUGGAAGGAAGCACCCUAAUGUUACUAGAAUAGCUCUUGUCAAGAUACCUAAAACAGGUUUAAACAAGGAUGGGACUGGGAGUCUUGGGAAUGGGAGAGAACAGUCUACAAUUGUUCUUGUCAUAUCAAUACUCCUUGGAAGCUCAGUGUUCCUCAAUGUCAUUCUAUUAGUUGCUUUGUUUGCUGCCUUUUACAUUUUCUACCACAAGAAGCUUUUGAAUAGUCCAAACUUGUCAGCUGCCACAAUAAGGUACUAUACGUACAAGGAGCUUGAAGAAGCAACUACAGGGUUCAAACAAAUGUUGGGUCGCGGUGCUUUUGGAACAGUCUAUAAAGGGGUGUUGAAAUCAGACACAAGCAGGUAUGUUGCUGUGAAGAGGCUAGAUAAGGUGGUGCAAGAAGGUGAGAAGGAGUUCAAAACAGAAGUUAGUGUGAUUGGACAAACCCACCACAGAAACUUGGUUCGUUUACUUGGUUACUGUGAUGAAGAGGAGCAUCGUCUUCUGGUGUAUGAGUACAUGAACAAUGGCUCCUUGGCUUGCUUUCUCUUUGGGAUCUCAAGGCCUCAUUGGAACCAAAGAGUGCAAAUUGCUUUGGGGAUUGCAAGAGGUCUCACAUAUUUGCAUGAAGAAUGCAGCACUCAGAUCAUUCAUUGUGACAUAAAACCUCAAAAUAUACUCUUAGACGAGUUGUUCACGCCUAGGAUUGCUGAUUUUGGGUUGGCUAAGUUGUUGCUGGCUGAACAAUCUAAAGCUACUAAGACGGGUUUGAGAGGGACUGUUGGUUACUUUGCACCUGAGUGGUUUAGGAAAGCUUCAAUCACAACCAAAGUAGAUGUUUACAGCUUUGGAGUGGUGCUGUUAGAGAUCAUAUGUUGCAAGUCAAGUGUUUCCUUUGCAAUGGCUAGUGAAGAAGAGACACUUAUAGAUUGGGCGUAUCGUUGUUAUAGCCAAGGGAAGGUAGCUAAGUUGGUAGAAAAUGAUGAGGAGGCAAAGAAAGACAUAAAGAGGGUGGAAAAGCAUGUGAUGGUAGCAAUUUGGUGCAUUCAAGAGGAUCCUUCGCUGAGACCCUCCAUGAAGAAAGUUACGCAAAUGCUUGAGGGUGUGACAACAGUUUCUUUGCCACCUCGCCCUGCCAUAUUCAGUUCAUCAUCGUUUGAAACAUCAUUUACUUUGUAA